CUGGCGCGCAGGUGAAGGCAGGCGCUCGCGCUCCGGCUCCUCGCGCCAUGGCCAACUCGGGCUUGCAGCUGCUGGGCUUCACGCUGUGCCUGCUGGGCGUGAUCGCCAACCUGACGUCCACCAUCCUGCCCCAGUGGCGGGUCUCCUCCUUCGCCGAGGGCAGCAUCAUCACGGCGCAGUCCUACCAGCUGGGCCUCUGGAUGGAGUGCGUCUGGCAGAGCACGGGCCAGCUGCAGUGCAAGAUCUUCGACUCCAUGUUCAGCCUCAGCCCUGCCAUGCAAGCUACUCGGGCGCUGAUGGUGAUCUCCAUUAUCUUGGGCGUGAUUGGCGGUGGAAUUGCCACCAUGGGCAUGAAGUGCACCCACUGCGGAGAUGACAACAAAGUCACCAAGGCCCGCAUUGCCAUGACCGGGGGUUUGGUCUUCAUAGUCGGAGGCUUGGCUUCCCUUGUGGCUUGCUCUUGGAUGGCACACCAGAUCAUAACAGACUUCUACAACCCCAUGUCGCCCACAAAUAAAAGGUACGAAAUGGGCGCUUCCGUCUACCUCGGCUGGGCGGGGGCAGCCUUGUUGCUGCUGGGGGGUGGGCUGCUGGCCUGCUCAUGCCCCGGAGACUCCGGCUACAAGGGCCGCCAGUAUCCUCAAGGGAAGCCCGUCUCCAAGCCCCCCAGCAGCCGGGAGUACGUCUAGUUGCCCGGGAAACUCCCAAGCUGGUUCCGAGACCCACGUGCCCCCGAGCCUGGAACGGCCUGGACUUUGCUGCCCAUCUGCACCUACUGGACUCUUUCGAAUCGCCUCGGCAUCCCUCCCCCCCAAGUUUUUAGCCUGUUUUAUUCCUCCUCUGCCCUUUGAUUCAAUUGUUUUUUAAAAUAGUGUUCCUGAAGGGAGGGUGGGGCCUUUUUAUCCGCUUGUACAUUUCGCUCUGGCUGCCCAGAAUCCUGCAGAGGGAUCGGAGGUGGGUAACACCCCUAAUUCUUCAGCUGUACCGGCUGGGGAUUAUAGGGUUUCAAAUCCAGUGCAGGAAGAUUUGGCGGGUAAGAACCCACCUCCGGCUCAAUAAAUCUUUCUGGACAGAUCCAAGGGUAUUGGGUGGAAUUACCCCGGUUCGGAUUGACAUACCGAGGUAAAGAAAGACCCAAACCACCGGUCGAGUUUUCCUUCCCCCUGACACCGAAGGAAUUCGCAUCUUAGGAGCUCUGCUACUCUUGGCCCCUGGAGCUCAAAUUGUUAAGCGGGUUCUCUUGCAAAUGUUUACAUGUCAGGGCAUCUGUUGUGUAGGGAAUACAGAUGGGUGUGGUGGCCAAGCCGAAGCGGCACGCUGGUUGAAUUCUCGCUGGAGACUUUUUGCCACUUCAAAAGCUGUUUGGGUUGUGUAAAUAUGUACAUUUGCUGGGGAACACUAGAGCUAAGAGAGGGCAAUUUGAUUCAAGCAUAUCCCUUCUGAUCAGUUUUAUCCCACCCCUAAAUUCUCCCAGUAAAAUGCUCUUGCUUUUAUCGCAAAAUCGUAUUUUGGAAAAUUUUACAUUUACUAAUGUUUGCUUGCUUUGUUAGAUUUUAACUUUUUUCUUCAUUGCAUGGGGAAAGGGAUGAAUGAAAAUUUGGAUAGGAAAGAAGGUAUUUUUAGAGUAAAACCUUGCCUUAUUUAAAGCACUGACUCCUGAGGGUACUAUGUGCAUUUUCUGUAUUUUUUAAAAAAAUUGUAUUGCUGGGAAUUAAUAUUUUUUUGUAUGUAAUAAAUAAGUGUUUUGGACAAACGC